AUGUCUCUUCUUUCCGCCAUUUUAAAUCAUAUGUUGAAACGACCAUUUGUUUUCCCUUUUUGUCUUUUCUUGAAAUUUCUUUCCAUCUCUCUUCUUUCUGACUACACCCUCCAUUAUCCACGAUUUAAUUGUCUUCUUCUCCUCCUCCCUCCUCACCUUGUCUACGUUCUCUUCUUUUUUUCUUCUUCUCCUCCUACAUCUUUUUCCGUUUCUUCUUUUUCUUUUGCUUCUAUUUCUGUCUCUCCUCAUAAUUCUUCUUUUUUCCUACUCCUCCACCUUCUUCUUCUUCUUCUUCUGUCCCUUCUUCUGUCCCUUCUAAUAUUUCUUCUUUUCCUCCUUCUCUUCCUCCUCCUCCUCCUCUUCCUCUUCCCCCUCCUCCUUCUUCUUCUUUACAUCCACCUCUUCCACAUGCCCCACCUUCUUCUUCUUCACCUUCUUCUGCCUCUUCUUCUAAUUUUUCUUUUUUCCUGCUCCUCCUCCUCCUUCUUCUUCUUCUUCUUCUUUACCUCCUUCUCUUCCUCCUCCUCCUCCUCUUCUUCUUUACAUCCACCUCUUCCACAUGCCCCACCUUCUUCUUCUUCAUCUUCUUCUGCUUCUUCUUCUAAUUUUUCUUUUUUCCUGCUCCUCCUCCUCCUCCUCCUUCUUCUUCUUCUUCUUCUUUACCUCCUUCUCUUCCUCCUCCUCCUCCUCUUCUUCUUCUUUACAUCCACCUCUUCCACAUGCCCCACCUUCUUCUUCUUCUUCACCUUCUUCUGCCUCUUCUUCUAA